UGCCCCGCUCCUGGAGCCCCAAGGACAAGUAUAACUACAUCGGCCUCUCCCAGAACAAUCUCCGCGUCCACUACAAAGGUCACGGCAAAAAUCACAAAGAUGCUGCGUCAGUUCGAGCAAUGCAUCCAAUACCUGCUGCCUGUGGCAUUUACUAUUUCGAAGUGAAGAUUGUCAGUAAAGGUAGAGAUGGGUACAUGGGAAUAGGACUCUCAGCUCAAGGUGUCAACAUGAACAGACUUCCUGGUUGGGAUAAGCAUUCAUAUGGCUACCAUGGUGACGAUGGACAUUCAUUCUGCUCCUCUGGGACCGGGCAGCCCUACGGCCCCACGUUCACUACUGGCGAUGUGAUUGGCUGCUGUGUCAACCUCAUCAACAACACCUGCUUCUACACAAAGAACGGGCACAGUCUAGGUAUAGCCUUUACAGACCUCCCUUCUAACCUGUAUCCCACGGUGGGCCUGCAGACUCCGGGAGAGAUUGUUGAUGCCAACUUUGGGCAGCAGCCGUUUGUGUUUGACAUUGAAGACUACAUGAGGGAGUGGAGAGCGAAGAUCCAAGGCACGAUUAAACGCUUUCCCGUCGGCGACAGACUAGGGGAGUGGCAGGAUAUGCUGCAGAAUAUGGUCUCUUCCUACCUGGUGCAUCAUGGGUACUGUGCGACAGCCACAGCUUUUGCACGCAUCACAGAAACCACAAUCCAAGAAGAGCAGACUUCCAUAAAGAACAGACAAAGAAUACAGAAGCUUGUGUUAGCAGGCAGAGUGGGAGAGGCCAUCGAAGCUACCCAGCAACUCUACCCGGGCCUCUUAGACCACAACCCCAACCUGCUCUUCAUGUUAAAGUGCCGGCAGUUCGUGGAGAUGGUGAAUGGAACAGACAGUGAAGUCCGCUGUUUCAGUGCACGCAGCCCCAAAUCCCAGGACAGCUAUCCAGGAUCCCCCAGCCUCAGCCCCCGACAUGGUUCCAGCAAUUCCCACAUCCACAGCACCGGAACAGACAGCCCAAGUUGUAGCAACGGGCUCACGUCGACAAAAAGCAAACAGAGUCACAGUAAAUACCCAGCUCUGAGCUCUUCCACAUCCUCUUCCUCGUCUUCCUCCCCUGCAUCAGUCAACUAUUCCGAGUCAAACUCAACAGACUCUACCAAAUCUCAGCAGCACAGUAGUACGAGUAAUCAAGAGACCAGCGAUAGCGAGAUGGAGGUGGAGGCUGAGCAUUACCCCAAUGGAGUCCUGGAGACCUCGGCCACCAGGAUAGUGAAUGGUGCCUACAAAUCAGAGGAGAUACUGCAGACCGAUGAGUCCGGCGUGGAUGGGCGACCUCGACGACAGCUGUGCGGCGGCAACCAGGCCGCCACAGAGAGGAUCAUCUUGUUCGGACGAGAGCUGCAGGCCCUCAGUGAGCAGCUGGGCAAAGAGUAUGGGAAGAACCUGACUCAUAAAGAGAUGCUGCAGGACGCGUUCAGCUUGUUAGCGUAUUCUGACCCGUGGAACUGCCCUGUUGGUCAGCAGCUCGACCCAAUACAGAGGGAGCCGGUGUGUGCUGCUCUCAACAGUGCGAUUUUAGAAUCUCAGAACCUGCCAAAGCAGCCCCCACUGAUGCUUGCCCUGGGCCAGGCCACCGAGUGUCUGCGUCUCAUGGCUCGGGUGGGCUUGGGCUCCUGUUCGUUUGCCAGAGUCGAUGACUAUUUGCACUAGCUGCCCAAGUGGGAUGGAGCACCGUCAUUCUGUACCGCCCUCCUCCCUCCUUCCCCAGCCUGCCCUCCUCUGUGCUGUCCAGCCCUCCCUCAUCCAUGCUGCCUGGUGCAAGGACAGAGUGCCGAUCCACCCCCACCACCCCCCACCCCCCGUCGCUAGUGGCCUCCCAUCACAUUCGAGAACCUGGACGCUCCUGGAAGAGUCGGCUCCUGCCACUUCUCCCGGCCCCUUCCUCCCCAAUCUCUCGCCUUCCUCGCCUUCUGUCCCUCCUUCUUCCCUCCCUCUCCAUCACUGCAGCAGCAGCAACACAUGCAGUAUUUGGCUGGUUACUCAAACGUAGCACCUUCCAAUUUUAGGGAUUUUUUUGUUUUGUUUUUGUGGGUUUUUUUUUUUUUAAUCUUUAUUUUUUUCCUGACUGAGCCACCAGUAUUUAUCUCUGGAGAGUGUGUGCUGAGUUGGUUUCUGCUAAUUUAGUGAUAAAGCUCACCUAAGUUGGUGAUAGCCUCUUAUUUUCUUAAGUAAAAUAUAUAUACAUAUAUAUAUAUAUAUACACACACACACACACACACACACGUAUAUAUAUAUAUAUAUAUGUGUAUAUAUAUAUAUAUAUAAGCACAGUAUUUAUCUCUAGUGCUAGUCGUCUGGACCCUUUGGGAGAGGGAGUUCGGACUGUGUACAUUUUUAUUGGGAUCCCCCUCAUUAAAAAAGAAUCAUCUCUUCCACCUCAA